AAGUAUUCCGGCCCCGGGCCGGAUUUCCGGCCUGCAGCACUUGGAGUGGAAAAAAAAAUUUUUUUUUUUUUUUUUUUUUAAACCCAAAACGCGAUAACUCCACGGCUUUCGAGUCUGUUCGUUCUCUGCCAAUGGUAGGAAAGAAGCGCCGCUGUCCAGUUCUGAUGUUAAACAGUGUUAGCCAAUCAGAAGCAAAACGGGGCGGGCCUUAACACAACGCGCCUCGAUCAACUAAACUGUAGCACAGAUAGGCCUACUCUCUUACUACGAAGGCUGUGACUGUAGUUAAUGGAGAGAGGGGCAUAGGAGCAGGCGCGAUGCAGUACAUGAAACCAGGGGAAAAUACCCUCGAGAUAGAUAAAGGUCUGAAAAAUAAAUGGCGCUGGGUAUGGCUGGAGGAGAUUGGACGAGAUGGCAAACCAUUUAGCAGUUGGUGUAAGAAGUUGAGUGAGACAGGCGCUUGCUUCUGCACGCUGUGCUCCAGGAGGCUAAUAUAUGCAUCCAGCGGCAAAAAGGUUCUUCGUAAACACGAAUCAGACCCUCGUCACCUAGCUGCUGUUCGUGCUGUCCCACACACGACGCGUUUACCAGGAGCAACAACAACAUCUGAUGUACCGGCUUCCAUAACUGACCGUGUGUGUGAGUUAAAAAUACGGGUGUGUGCAUUUCUCGCAGAACACGACCUCUCCUUCACGCUAUCACAACCCCUGGUCGAGCUGUGUAAAAAAGUAGCGGAAGAUAAAAUUGCACUAAGUAAAAUGUCCAUUUCAAAUCAGCUGGCCAGCUAUUUCAACACUCACGGGAUAACACCUGAGUUUAAAAGGCAAAUUUCCACCAAACUGAAAAACAACAUGUUUUCCCUGAACGUCGACGAGGCCACCAAUAAUAACAUGGAUAAAGUCCUCAAUGUUCUUGUUCGUUUUUUUGACAAUGAGGAAAAUGCUGUUAAAACGCAACACCUCGCUAGUCGAAAAAUGAACAUAGCCAAUGCUGCAGCACUUACCCAGGAAUUGAAGGAUGUGCUGCAGUCCUAUGGUUUAGGGCUGCAGCAGGUGACCAGUAUUUUACUGGACAAUUGUGCGGUUAUGCGGGGAAAGAAGUCCGGUCUCGAGACACAGUUGCGCAGGGAGAACCCGCACCUGCUGGAUAUAUCUGGCGACACAGUCCAUAUGGUUUCUAACAGUGCAAAAGCCAUGAUGAGCCCUUUCAAGGCAGAGGUGGAAGAUUUCUGCUCGGAUGUGUUUUAUGACAUAGAGAAGUCUCCGAAACAGAAAGAAAUAUUUUCGGAAUUCCAGAGAUUACUCCAUCUUACACCGAAGAGCUUGAUCAGGCCCAUCAGUAACAGGUUCCUGCAGAUGUUGGAGGUGUGCAAUAGGGUGAGAGAACUCCUGGAUGUCCUGAUUGUGCACUACUACAACCUACUGGAUCCGGGCGAAGAGCAUAAAUACAGGUGUCCUUCCAACAUUUCAGGCAUUUCUGAAAAAACUGCAACAUGAGAAACCAAUGGUGCACUUGUUGCAUGUUGAAAUGUUGGCACUGGUAAGAGAGCUGCUAAGCAAAUUCAUGAAGCCAGGAGCUAUCCCCCUGAGUGUCAAAGAGAUCCUCAAGAUCAAUGUACGGGAUGCAGCGUUACAGCUGCCUAACAAAUCCCUGUGUGUUGGAAAAUAUGGAUACUCUGCCAUGACCAAGGCCCGUGUGGCGAAGACACUGUGGGUUGGAAACUUGUACAACUCCCUCAGAGAGGGCUACAUGAAGGCAGCAGAGUUUCUACUCAAAAACCUUCCCCUCGACAACCACAUGGUCACCUCACUCUCGGCUCUGACCCCAUCCCUCAUACAGUGUGACUCCUUAGGUUCAGCAUUCAUGGCAUUAGGGAAGGCCUUGCCUAAUGUGGUUCCACCUGAAGCACUCGGCCCACUGCGG